CAAGUUGAGGACUACCGACCUGGCUAUCCCCGGUUUUCGGCACUCCAGGCAUCUCACAAAUCUUUCCACAUCUUCCGCCGAUUUGACAACCUUCGCAUCAGAUCUUUGCUCUUGAAACAAGACAAGUCGAGCAUCCUAGAGAAGAAGCUCAACAAGAUCGACCAUGAUGAGCCCUCACCAUUGUUCCUCGCGAGUAGCAGGUUGGACCGCUCAACAGAGCGUGCAGCGCUGCUCGCAGAAAUUGAUGACGCCUUAGCUUCAUACGAUGAGCUGUUAGAGCGGAGUCAAAGGAUUCUUUCUUUUGACAGACCACUCGCCGCACACGUAUUGAGCCUCGAGAAUUGGCUCCAAGGCAAUGCCUGCAUCGCGCGUGAAGAAGGUCGAUUCUUGGAUCACAAAGACGAUUUGCUCACGGUUGCUCUGCUCGAGGAUGGCGUCAUCUACUGGCUGGAGAUGGCCGUGACGGCCAGCGUUGAGUUCUUCAUCAAGGUAGAUCUGGUCCAGGCGACACAGCAGAAUCAACAAAAGAACUCGGAUGAUUCCAAGGUCCAUGUCCUGGAUCAAUCUUUCACCGACAAGGCAGCUCGCGUUCUGCUUACGACCCUCGUCACGCUGCUGAUUUUGGUACCCGUUAUGAUUUGCAAUGCGAUGAACGAUUCGACAAGUAGGAUAACAAUCCUCGUUCUCGCAGCAAUUUCAUUUAUUACUGCAUUGUCCUUAUUGACGAGGUCCAAGGCUAUAGACCUAGCUUCUGCCAGUGCUACGUGA